CUCUCUCUCUCUCUCUCUCUCUCUCUCUCUCUCUCUCUCUCUCUCUGUGUACCGAACAAAAUCAUUCUCUGUAUAUAUAUGACGUUAGCGUCGGUGUUUUUACGAGCGAAUUUACGUCGUUGAUAUAUACAUGGUGUCUUCUACGUAACGUAACCCGUGACUUUUCUAUACAAGAAUAUUCUGUGUAUUAUUGAAUGCGUUCUUUGUAAUUAUUAUCGACCUUUGAUCUGGAUAUACAUAAUUCGUCGCUUGCGAUUGAACGUUCCUCGAUGAGGAACGUGUUUCAAUUUCAUAAGAUCCAAGUGAACCUUCGCAUACCUUCGCUUUUUCUAAACUACUUUAUCAAAAGGACCAGAAGUUAACGAGAUUUUCCAUUAGAGAAAGGAUUCGUCGUCGAUUAAAACCGAUCUUACGACAAUUCUACGGACUUUUCUUCGAACGAAUCUUGGGAAGAACUUUCGCGAAGAAAAUAAUAAUUAAGGGUGCAAGGAAAAAAAAUUGAAAUGUGUCUCUUCCGUAUAGUGGAUGAGAAGAUCGUUUUUUUGUGCCAUAUUCGUGCACAUCUCAAACAAGUUAUUUGUGAUAGAUUCGUGAAAGAAAAAUAAGACGAGUUAGACAAGGGAAGAGAAGAAAAUAAAGGAAAGGUGAGACAUCUAAAAAAGAGCGAAAGGAGUCCAUGCGCCGAAACGGGGGAGAUUCGUUAGCCGACGAAGAUGCCGCUUCCGAGUAUUCUCAGGAAAGCGAGCAGUUACAUCCUCGGCGACGGCAGCCAGGAUGAACGUCGUACGAUCUAUCAGGAUGGCGAGGCAUUGUUUUGUAAGAACAAUGUCUGCGUGCAUCCCCCAACUUUGACGCGUCAGAAUUCUGACGUGGUGCAUCAUCCUGGAUACAUGACCAUAACCUGUAAGUUUAAUAAGAAUUCUGACGUGCCAACUUUGCAUCUUAGUUGGAUACCUAAUAGCACCUUACGUAAACAUCCAACUACUUUGGAGAGUCUAAAUGUAAGAAAGCUGGAAAGCAUUGUGACGUCUCGUGAUACCGAAACUAGCGAGCCAUGUCAUACAAAGAUUUCAGAAUUGGGAGAGAAACGUUAUGAGAGCAGCUGCGAGAAGGAAUCUUUGGAGGAGAGAGUCGACGUUUGUCUGGAAGCUAAAGAACCUAUUAGGUGUGGCGAUUGCGAACGCGUUUGUUCUGGAGGAUUUUCUACUGGAAUACGUAUUUGCGAGGAAGAAGACUCUUCUAAGGAUAUUGGUGAGCUUCAGAGAAACGAAAAAAGUAAUCGAUAUAGAAACUUAGUCAAUGGGGAGGAAAAAGAAAAUAUCUGUGAUGCUUCAGGAAUCAUUAGAAAGGAGAGGGAUCAAGGGGUCAAUCGUUUUCGUUCAGAAUCAAUGGAAGAAGCAGAAAAAUGUAAGAAUAUUGUUGACAAUGAUUAUAAAAAUGUAGAAGACGAUCGAAUACAUUUAUGUUACGACAAUGUGAGCAUCAAGAGUCGUAGUAUGUCACUGAGUUCUACUUGUAGUCUCUCUAUAUCUACGCACGCAGAUGCUGAAGAAAUACCAUCGUGGAUGAGAUCGCCCGAACUUUUGGCACUACAACAUAAUCUUACUUUUCCUGAAAGUGCAACUGCCUCUCCUGUUACAUUGAGAAGAGCUCACAGAUGUAGAAGAUUUUCCGUGGAUCUUAGUGAAAUGCGAUCCUUGAGGUUAUUCUUUGCAAAUCCAGCUUGUACGUGUGGACAAUUGGUAGUCGCUAGCAGAGAGAGUCAAUACAAGAUUUUACACUUUCAUCAUGGUGGAUUGGAUCGUCUAGCUGCUACUUUACACCAAUGGCAUCAAUUACUUUAUCCUAGAUUGGAUGCUGAUACAGAGGAAACUCUACCUUAUAGGCAUUUUAUGGUUUGCCGACCUGAGGUGAGCCGCGAUGAACUGCAUCCUGAAGAAGGACAAGUUCCAAUGAUUACGUCUUUAGCAUGGAAAGACUUAUUAAAUGAAAAGGGACAGGUGGAAGAUGAUUUGGCUCUCCGUAAAGGAAUCUUUUUUGGAGGGUUGGAACCAGCUUUAAGAAAAAUUGUUUGGCCUUUCCUUUUACAUUGUUAUUCUUAUCAAAGUGCUUAUGAAGACAGAGAACAAAUUGAUGCUCUUAGGAGACAAGAAUACGAGGAAAUUCAAAAACGUAGACUGAACAUGAAUCCCGAGCAGGGAGAACGUUUUUGGCGAAAUGUAGUUUGUAUAGUGGAAAAGGAUGUCGUACGAACAGAUAGAGGAAAUCCAUAUUACGCUGGAGAGGAUAAUCCAAAUAUCGAAGUUAUGAAAAAUAUCUUAUUAAAUUACGCGGUUUAUAAUCCCCGAUUGGGAUACACUCAAGGUAUGUCUGAUUUAUUGGCUCCAUUAUUGGCAGAACUCAAUUCAGAAAUCGAUGCCUUCUGGUGUUUUGCUGGAUUGAUGCAAAGAUCGGUAGCAGUAUGUACGCCUACCGAUGUAGAUAUGGAUAGAAAUUUGUGCUAUCUCAGAGAAUUAAUUAGGAUUAUGGUGCCAGAUUUCUAUAUUCAUCUACAAAAACAUACAGAUGCCUUAGAAUUAUUAUUUUGUCAUCGAUGGAUCCUCUUGUGUUUAAAACGUGAAUUUCCAACCGAAGUUGCUCUCAUCAUGUGGGAAGCUUGUUGGGUCAACUAUUUAACGGAUCACUUUCAUUUGUUCCUUUGUUUAGCCAUAAUGUGCGUUUACGCCGACGACGUAAUAGCGCAAGAUCUUAGAACCGACGAAAUGCUAUUGCAUUUUAGUUCACUUGCCAUGUAUAUGGAUGGAAAUUUGAUAUUAAGAAAAGCACGUGGUCUUCUUCAUAAUUUUCGUCAGCUUGUUCGCUUACCUUGUACACUUGCUGGACUUUGUCGCCAAUGUGGUCCAGGAAUGUGGGAUAGCAGUCAUGAUCCGGUAAUUGAAUGUAUAGGUCACGAAGAUGCACCAUGCCCUUAUUUGGAUAAUUACGACUAACGACCUAAUUUAUUAUAUUAACGAUUACAUAUAACGUUACAUGCAAAUUUACUCAUAACUGGAUUUAAUGAAAGUAAAAACAAAAAAAAAAGAAAGAACCGAACACGUCUCCGGUUUGUAGGUACAAAAUUAAGUCUGCCUCUAAAUAUUUUCAAUAUCAUUCGCAUUAAUUCAUAUUCAAUUUCGGUAUAAGAUGAUGGUCCAGAUAAUAUGUAUCCAAUGAGUUAUAUCGAAUAUCAAUUUAGUCAAACCUGAAAAAUACACAUAUCUGUAACAAAAAUACGAUUUUUGAUAAGAGCAGCCAACGUUUCAAAUAAAAAUGAACAAAUUUGGUAGUGAUAUAGAAAAUGAUAUACAGCUUUUUAGACAGCGUUCAUAUUUUGAAUCUAUGUACAGAAUGUUUCGUAACUUGUGGAGAAUCCACUUCAUUGAUAGACAGGAAAUGCUAAACAAUGAAAAAAGUUUGUUUAAACAUAUGGUUCAUUUCAUUUUGUUUCCAAGGUGGUCAUUUGAAGAAUAAAGAUAACAAUAGUAAAGAACAGCGGACACACGAUGGUUGGAAAGUUUUGCUACGGUAAUUGUUUUAUCUAUACGAAUGAAACAUAUGUUUAUAUUCAUUAUUUACUGUCUUCUGUCUAGUGAUGAAAUGGAUCCUACAUGUUACGAAACACAUUCUGUUUAUACAACAGAUAAUACAUAUAUAUAUUGCCGCGAAUGAUACAAUUAGACACCGUAAAUGAUAUUGUUCGUCGAUAUAAAAGAAUAUCUACGAUAUAUGUAAAUAUCUAUCUUUGCGUGCAAUGAUAAAUAGUUAUCGCGAUUAGAGAAAAUUCACGAAAUAUUUAGAAAUUCUGCACACACACAUACCUUUAGUACAAUCGAAGACUGAUGAUCGAAAAGGAUGAGGAAAAUACAAUCAUCCUAGUCUUAAAGUUCAGAAUUAAUUAGAACAAACUGUUAGGUGAUAUAAAGUUCAUUUUACGACGAGAUUAAUACGUCGAUUAAUCGAUUUUUAAAGGACACGAACGAGAAACUUUCGAGUGUACAGAACAAAAUCAACGAGAGAAAUCAAAGGCAUCUUUGUAGAUUAACAAAAAAAAAAAUAUCUCUUAUAUAUAACGUAUCCAUUUUAAAAUUCUUUUAUCGUGUCAUGAUAUAAAUAUUUUAUAUAUAUUUAGGUAAUUUUUACCCACUUGCCAUCGUUUACAAGUAUUAUGCUAUUUAUAUAAGUUAUAUAUUUAGUGUGUUUUAUAUUCCUUUUUUUUUUUUUUUUUUUAAUUCAAUAUCUGCGUUCUCGUGUUAUAUAAGAAAUCUGUUCAUGCCUCACAGGCUGUGAAUUAUCUAUACAUAUUUAUUCGUAAUAUUUUAUAUUAUCUCAAUAUGACGUAUAUAUAUCUUUUUUCUGUCCUGUGUGAUUGUAAAAUAUUGUGCGUUUUUGUAAAAUGUUACAUUGUGAUAAAUGUGCGCGAAUGUUCGGCCGUUCGCAGAAAUCUUGCACUUUGGUUAUUCUAUAUGUUUUCAAUGCAAUUAAAACCAAUUUAUAAGAUUUCUGAAUUGAACGGUUACGUGCUUUAACUGUGCUACCUUGUGUUGUUGGAAUUUUAAAGAGAAUUCUAUCUGUGUUAAAAGUCUGUCACACUCGAGUCUAUUAUAAUACGAACUAUAAAAUAAUAUAAAUAUAUAAGAUAGUGAUAUAUGUAUAUAUGCAUAUAAAUAAAUCUAAAUAAACUUGUACAA